AUGUCUUCCUCCUCGACUCAAAUCUUCGAUGCAACGCCGUCAACGACUAUACGUGAUGUAGAAAUGACCAACAGUCCUGUAGUGGGCCUUGAUCAACAGCAGCAUGAAUCCCAUACAUCUGAGAUUUCCCUUCCACCUACCGACCAUGGAAAGGAUGCAUACCUAACUCUACUCUGCUGCACCAUGGCCCAAUUACCCAUCUGGGGCUACUCAGUCUCAUUUGGCAUAUUCCAAGAAUACUACUCCCGUCCAUCAAGCCCAAUUAGUACGGCAUCUUCCGGCACAAUCGCAACAAUCGGAGCAUUGCAACAAGGUGUCAUGUAUCUCAUGAUGCCCUUUGCCUUUAUGGUUCUUACCAAAUACCCUCGUUUGCGCCAAUACUGUGGUCCACUCGGUAUUCUCAUUACAACAGCUAGCCUGACUGCUUCAGCUUUCGUGGACACUGUCGCAGGGCUCAUUGCGACGCAAGGUGCUUUGUACUCGAUUGGCUGUGGACUUUUGUUCAGUCCGAUUUCGCAUUAUAUGAACGAGUGGUUCGUUGAGAGGAAGGGAAUGGCUCUUGGUGUGAUGUGGGCAGGCAAAUCAUCAACGGGUAUCGCCAUGCCAUUCGUCUUCGAUGCUUUACUCCGUCGGAUCGGUCUACGCGCGACUCUCCUAGUCUGGGCUGGUGCUUCUACUGUGAUGAGUCUCCCCACGUUGUUCUUCAUCAAACCUCGGAUUCCGCAGCACAACCAAGUUCAGGUUCGGUCACUUUCGUUCAACUUCCUCCGCCAUACUUCUUUUUGGAUGAUGCAAGCAGGCGUGAUCAUACAGUCGCUAGGUUAUCUCAUGCCUAGUACGUACUUAGCUAGCUACGCAUCGACGAUUGGGCUGCCCAGCAUUACCGGCCCUAUCCUUCUCGCAUUGUUCUCGGUAGCGUCAGUCCCCGGCGGUAUCAUACAUGGCAUGGUCGGUGACAAGACAUCAGCGACCAGAGCUGUCACUAUUGCAUCUUUGGGAAGCGCGCUACCUAUCUUCUUACUCUGGGGUCUUAGUUUAAACCUCGCCAAUUUGGUGGUCUUUGUUGUUCUCUAUGGCUUUUUCGCAGGCGGUUUCAGCUCAACAUGGUCCAACAUGUCAUCAGACAUACAGAAGAACGACCCUGACGCUGAUUCGGCGCUUAUUUUCGGCAUGCUGAUGGGCGGGCGAGGGGUAGGGUUCGUGUCUGCUGGUCCCUUGAGCGGUGUUUUAUUGCAGGCCAAAGCGUCUCUAUCUAAUGAGGCAUUGGGUUAUGCGACGAAAAUGCAGUUGACAACGCUUCUGCCUGUGAUGCUAAACGCAAUCCGAAUCUUCCGCAUCCACGAUAUCGAUCACUUUGCAGGCAUCUACGCAGUAGGCGUCAUUGACGCUGUUUCGUACACCUUCGUUUAG